AUGGGCUAUCGAAGGAGUCUUCCAUACUUGGACCUUUGGCUUGGCGGCGGCGCCUUGGUUACUAGUGUUGGCGGAGUCGACCGCCAUGGUCGACAAUUAAUUAUUGGUCGAAGUAAUGGAGCCUUUGGCUCAGCACCUACCGUACGCAAACGACUCCGUCGAUCUACAAGCGAGGAUCAAACCAGUACCGACACAGAAGAAAAUCAGCAACCUGCCAAGCGCCCCAAGAAGGACGCAGCAGAUGAUUUGGCAAAGGUCCUCCAAAACCGACCCAGUCAAUCGAAGGAUCAGACAGGACAACAAAACCAACAACAAGCUGCCAAUAACGCCCCAAGAAGUCUCCAAGCAGAUGAUUUAAUUUGUCCCAUCAGUUUGGAGUUGCCAUGGGAACCCGUCAUGGCCGAGGAUGGACGAGUCUAUGAGCGGGAAUGUAUUGAGGACCAUAUCAAAAACAAUCCGUGGGAUCUCCGGUCACCCAUCACAAGAGCAAGGAUGGGAACCCGGCUAUUGCCAGCCAUUCAGCACCGAAACACCAUUGAGACAUUGGUGGAGUCAGGUGCCAUUGAGGAAGAAUUGGCAGACAUUGUGUGUGGAACGAAGAAGAAAAAGAGAAAAAGAGAAUGGAAAAUUGUUGGAGGAGGCUGA